AUGGCACAUCUCACCAACCCCCUGGCAACCACGUCACAGCUGUAUCACCACGCGUCCUUUUCGUCACUACCCCAAGAUCUCCAAGAAUCCAUCUUCAUCGCAACGCAAUGCCUCACCCAAGCCGCGGGGCAGCUACUCGACCUACCCCAGUCUUCCACGGCGCAAGCCAACGUCAUUCUCGCGAGAUACUGGCUAGUAGACUCACCAAUGGCACAUGAAUUCAGUGACGUCUCAGCAGCAGCAAUUUACCUGGUCGCGAAAGUCGGUGCCAUUCCUCGAUCGCCACGCGACGUAUCCAACGUCUACGCAUACCUCCUCUCCCCAAGCUCUACGCUAUUUAGAACCGGCAACGUACCCAAGAACGACCCCAAGACGUACUACCAAUCCGAGGCAGAUUACUUCUCCUUCCAGAACCGCCUUCUCGCCCUAGAGUCUCGCCUUCUCUAUGCCUUGUCUUUCAACACCCAUGUUGCGUUGCCGCACGCCUUGGCCAUAACAUACCUCCAAACAAUGGAUUUUCUAUCCCAGCCGAAAUCCAGUAUAUCACGUAAGACCGUGCAGUACCUCAACACAGCGUUGCUAAGUCCGCAAAUGCUGUACCUCACACAUCAGCCGCACGCGCUUGCCACGGCAGCCAUAUACAACGCCGCCAAGGAUGUGGGAGCUAAAAUGCCAGAUUGUGAGUGGUGGGAGGUAUUUGACGUGGAUAGAGAAGAACUGGGCUUCCUCGUGGUUGGCAUGAGGAGUGUCGAUGGCUGGUUUCGACAAAGGAAGGAGGAUUCACCAGAACUUUCCAACGGGAUGCUUACCAGGAAACUGAUAGAAGAGGAGAUGAAGAAGAGAGGCUUACAGGUCACUAAUGGUGAGGGGAAAGCGGACGAGGAGAAUGAGGUUAUGAAGAUGAUGGACAAUCGCUGA